UUAAACUUUUGUGGAUUUGUUUUGUGAAGUGAAUUUCGAUUUUUUGAGAAAAAAUAUAGCUAGAAGACAUGGGAAAGAAGAAGAAUAAGAACAAGGUGAGCGGCGCAGUGAAGACCGCAGCUAAAACGGAGAAGAAAUUAGCGAAUAAACUUAAGAAAGAGCUCGCUAACCUGGGUGAGGAAGACAUAGCUAAAGUUAUAGCAGAGAUAGAGCGUGAGGAGGCCAAGAGAUCACAACCUACUGAGAAGACUCUCCCUGGGCCUCCGACUGCAAGGGCGUAUGCGUCCCUUACUCCACACCCCACUAACAAUGAGCUGAUCAUGUUUGGUGGAGAAUACCAUGAUGGACAAAAGACAAUAGUAUACAAUGAGCUGUUGUUCUUCAACCCGGAGAAGGGCACGUGGCGGCAGGUGAAGGCGCCGGGUGCUCCGCCACCGCGCAGCGCGCACCAGGCGGUCGCUACGCCCGCUAACAAAGGUGAGUUGUGGAUAUUUGGGGGAGAAUUCACCAGCCCUUCAGAAACACAGUUCCAUCAUUAUAAGGAUCUCUGGUGCUUCUCGUUGGCUGACAAGAAGUGGGAAAAGGUGGUAGCACCAAAUGGCCCGUCUGCGCGCUCCGGGCACCGCAUGGCGCUCCUCGGCCGCAAGUUAGUCGUGUUCGGAGGCUACGCCGACGACGGCCGCGACUGCAAGUACUUUGACGAGCUGUACUCCUUCUGUCUGGAUACCAGGACGUGGGGCAAGCUGACCCCCAGUGGGCGAGGCCCUAGUGCCAGGUCCGCUUGUGUCAUGAUGCCCCAUGGGAACGAUUCGCUGAUCAUAUACGGCGGUUUCUCUCGCGUGCGGGAAGGGCGUACGGAACAAACACUCACGCACACAGACAUGUUCCGCCUGUGCGGUAAGAACGGCGGGUUCACGUGGCGCGCGCAGAACGCGGGGGCCUUCGCGCCCCCAGCUCGCGCCGGACAGGCCGCCGCCGUCAACGUACACGGCGGGAGGGGAUACGUGUUCGGGGGAGUCAGUGAUGUAGAAGAAACAGAAGAAGAUCUCCGCGGGGAGAUGAGCGACGACCUCCAGCUGCUUGACCUGGAGACUGGCAAGUUCCAUAACGUGACACUGCGCAGCGAGCAGCCGGCACAGCCGUCCGCCCAGCAGGUGGAAGAGAGUGAGACGCCGCAAGAGACUGUCAAAGUGGUAGAUGAAGUGUUCACUAUGAAGCUGGGCGGCCCGUCCGCCCCCGCGCCGGCCGCCGCGGCGCCCCCCUCCCCCGCGGCCCCCCGCGGGGGCCCGUGCGCGCGCAUGUCCGCCAUGUUGGCCGUGCAGCGCUCCGUGCUCUACGUGUACGGAGGGAUCUUGGAACGAGACGAGAAGCAGUUCUAUUUGAGUGACAUGUAUUGUUUAGAUCUGCACAAGCUAAAUGAAUGGAAGACACUAAUAGAGCAACCGACCCUGCCGGCGUGGCUCGGCUCCGACUCUGAAGACGACGGCUCUGGGGACAGCGAGGAGAGCGAAUCCUCUGAUGAUGAGGAGGAUUGAGGUCAGAGAAACUAUGGACGACUGCUUAUUAUAAUACUAUCUCGAAAUUCCUAGCAAUAAUAUUCGAGACUUAGGGUGGUGUUAAUAAACUAAUCUCAGCUUCGAGACUGCCCUCAAGAUCAUGUCAAUGUGACAGUUCUCAUAUAAAAACAGAGACUUGAGCAUGAUCUUGAGGGCAGUCUCAGCUGAGAUUCGUUUAUUAAUACCAUACUAAAACUAAACAUAACAUAGCAUCACAUAGCAUCCUCGAAUAAUUUUUCAAUGUAUUUUUCUCUUAGUGAUGCUUCUUACAAUUUCGAUGGCAUUCAGUUUUUUUAAACCAGUAUUUUGCCGCCCGGAAAGUAUUCUCGAGGUGAUGCUAUGUCAUAUUUUUAUCCCCGAAGGUGUAGGCAGUGUAUACAGGGUCUUAAUGACAUCGUAACGAAUACUGAGGGGGAAAAAUCAAGUGGAAUUUUCCAUCGCGAAGGUAAAAAAAAAUAAAUAAUAA